GACAAAGCUCUGUCCAGUCAGCAGCGUCAGCAGUCACCAGUGUGCCAUCGUAAACAAAGAAAAGAGAAAUUUUAAAAAGAAGAUAGAAAAUAAAAGUAAAGGCGAAAACUUCAGUCAAGAUACCAGAUGCAGAUGGUAUAAAAAAAGGAAUGAAAACAGGUCAUUUUUUUACAAAAUUUUAUACUACGACUACGAAUGACAAAUCAAAUAUAUAAAACCUGCAUGUGGAAACACGGCUUAAGAUAAUUGACCAUCAACAUAUAGAAUGUCUGAAAUUUCAUAUGGUUAUGCGGUUUUGGCCUUUUUGGCAGAAGCAGUCUGAAGCAUCAGAAGGGGCAGACGCCAGAGAGGCAAGAGAUGAACCAGUUGUAUUUCGGUUUCUGUUUAUAUGACUGGCGACAUGUGUGCAAGUAUUUGCAUAUGUCAUUACAAUUUCUUUGUGAUUUAAUAAACUAGUUUACUAUUACAUGUUUAUUAUAAAUUAUAAGAAUACUGGUUCAAUAAACUAAUAUAUUUAAUCAUGAAGAGAGCACGCAUAAAAGCCAUGGUUACAGUACCAACUCGAAGGAAAGUGGCACAAGAUGUAUCUGUUGCUGAAAAUACAACUCCAGUUCAACAUAAUAAUGAAAACAGAAAAAAUGUAUCUGAUACUGUUUGUGCAACAUUACAAAAAGAUCCAGAAGAUAGUUCUCAAGGAAAAGAAACACAAAAAGAUGUAGAGAUAGAAGAACAGGCACAAAAUGAGGAAGUGCACAUCAAUCAAGAAAGUAAUGAAUGUAAAGCGAAGGCCAUUCAAAGUUCAGAAGAUUUUAAAAAGACUACUGCCCAAAUUCCAGAGACUGUAAACAAGAUUCUAACUGGGUCUCCUAUAAAGCUGACGCAAAACCGUAGCAGUUUUGUGAAACCAACACCAAAAUUUGAUAGCGGAGGUAGAAUAAGAAGGAACAGUACGCAAGGGAGUGGGGCAAGUGCAAGCGAGUCCGAAGAUGAUAAUAGAAAAGUUACUAAUUCUAUUUCCAUCAAUAAUGCAAACCAGUCGACAAAAAAUAUGAAAGAUGUUACUGUUAAUACUAAUAGCACUAAAAAUAGUGUAACGACAAACGUAGGACAAAAGAGGCGCAUUUUAAUUUCGGAGUCUGCAAGAAAACUAGCAGAAGCUAGAAGAGAAUUUCAUCUGAGAAAUGAAAACAAAACUCCGGACAGAAGUAAACUUACAAUGUAUGACUUGAUAUAUUAUAAUCCUGUUACUAAUCCUAUGAAAAAAUCGAAGGAAUCUGGUUUGACAACAAAGAGACUGCUGGAGUGUCCACCCGAGGAAAUUCAAGAGGAAGAAGCCGAGGAUGACCCGUCGUCUGCGAUGCCGGUACCUCAAGUAAAAGUUGGACCAAAUGGUCAAUUAAUAAUAGAUGAACAGAGUCUUGUUAUAGAACAAACCAAUGCAAAGAAAAGUAGAGAAGUAUUAGCGAAAGAAGUUAUAAUUGACGAUGACAACGGGAACGGAUUUUACAAAAGGCGCAAAAAGAGUAAAGAGUGGUCGAAAUGGGAAACGUUAAAAUUUUAUAAAGCAUUAAACACAGUUGGUACUGAUUUUUUGUUGAUGCAAAGUCUCUUUCCAAAUAGAACGAGGCAGGAAAUUAAGUUGAAAUUUAAAAAAGAAGAAAAAGUAAAUAGAAAUUUAGUUGAAAAGGCACUGGCGUACCAUCAAGAAUUUGAUAUUGAAACGUUGGAAAAAUCACUAGCGAAGUUCGAAAAUUUAGAGAAAGUACAGUCGACAGAAAAGAAACCGAAACAGCAAGUACCGAAAGAGAGGAAGAGAAAAAAUCUUCGUCAAAGACGUAAAUCCAGACUUGUAGCCGCUACUAUUGAAGAAAUGGACGAGUCCGAUGAGGAAGUGGGACGUGAUUCGGGUAAAAUAUUGGAUGAGAAGAGAGAAACAAACAGUGAUUGUGAUCAAACAUUAAGUGCAAGUAUUGCAAAUAAGAAAGCUGAUAAACGAUCAAGAGAGGAGGAACAGUUAUCAAUAUCAGAGACAGAUGAUUCAAUAUCAUUAAGUUCCUGGAAUGAUGGCGAUAGCGAUACGGAAGUUUAUCGUGUGAGACCGACAAGAUCUGGAAGAAUACCAAAAAUGAAAAAAUUGCAGGGACCAGACAUAAAUACUCUCGAUAAUGAAACUCGUCGUGUCCGUGAUCCUGAUAACGAAGAGCAUAAGGAAAUUGUUAGUCCAUCAGAAGAUGAUACAAAUGCUCCAGAAACUAUAGCUUUUAAUGAUUCCAAUGUAGAUACAGAAACUGAACAUCCUGCUUCUCUUAAAUCAGUUAUACCGAACAUUGGUGAAGUGGAGCCUGGAUCGUUAGUCAUUUUAUCGAAGGAAUCUCUGGAAGAACCUGGGGAAAGUGUCUUACAAGUUUAUAUGGUUAGUUCCGAUGUUAAUUCUGAAGAACUUGGAACAACUAACAUGACACCUGUGAAUAUAUCUUCGGAGCUGUUAGCAACUGUAACUGCUAAAUUGCCAGACGUCAAGUCAGUUUCACCAAAAAAAGAGUGCGAAUAAUUUAUUUCAUAAGCAUUUAGUUUUUAAAUUUUAUAUUCAUAUUGUUAGUUAGAUUUUAACCAUUAUCUGUUCAUUAAAUUCUUUAAUCAGAAUGACUGAGAUCUGCUCUAUAAAGAAUAUGCCAAUCUGCGUACAUUUUUCUAACAGGGUUAUUAUACUUGCAGUCUUAGCUCUUAAACUAUAAAUUGGUGUAUCUUUUUUAUACACGCAACUAGGUAUGGAUACACAUUGAUACACAUGUCUAGACAAGUUCAUAUAAGCAUAAUAGCAAUUCUGUAAAACAGGGGAAUAAUCUUCUAUAAUGUAUCAUAUAUGUUUUCUCAAUUUUUAAAAGUUUCGAAGACAUAAAAAAAGUCAAACAUUGCUUUAUUCCUAGAGGAACACAAAUUAAGGAACAGCAAUUCUUACGUCAUUGAAUGUAUUUGGAAUUACAUUGUGAAUGGUAGCUUCAAUCAUAUCACGAAUUGUUACUGCUUUUCUAGAAUUGCUAUUUAUUACAACCGAUUAUAAGCAUAAGAUUCCCUGUAUGUUUGCGACUGUGAAUGUGAAAAUUUUGAUGAUUUUUUGUUAUUGAUGAUUAUAUACGAGACAGUAUGUAUGUUAUAUUGUAUUAAAAACAAUAUAUUAGAUACAUCCAUC